AAUGCUGCCAGUUGAACUGGACAGGGGAGUCAAUAAACCCAGCCAGCUCUGGAGACAGGUAGGGGCUUCUGUUGGUUCCACAGAGGCUGAAGCUGCCCCGCCACCGCCCUCGCCACCGCCACCGCCGCCGCCGCGGCCCCUGCGUUACUGGGGGAGACGGUGCCGCUGCGACAAGGGAGGACGCGGCUGGAGCUCAAGGAGGUUCCAGCGCGCAGGCGCCGCCGAGCCCUGCCUGGAUGCUCAGUAAAGGCACUAAAGCAAAAAAAAAAAAAAAAAAUCAGCAAUUUAUAGAAAGAAGAAGCUAUAGUCUGUCGGGAUAUCCAACACCAACAGUAGGGCUUACUGAGAGCUCCAUUUCUGGAAAGGCUUUCAAGACCGAGGAAUAUCAGACUGCGAAUCACCGGGAACGGUUCCUUUGCAGCACAGAAGCAAUCUCUCUCCCCAUCUUCGCAUAUUCUGAUGGCAAAACAAAUGGAAGAAAAGAGGAGGCAUGACUGCAGAUUGGAUCAGUUCUCUUUGUGGAUUAUAUUUUCAGUAAAAUGUAUGGAUCUAUCUUUUCCUUGUUCUUAUAUCUAGAUCAUGAGACUUGACUGAGGCUGUAUCCUUAUCCUCCAUCCAUCUAUGGCGAACUAUAGCCAUGCAGCUGACAACAUUUUGCAAAAUCUCUCGCCUCUAACAGCCUUUCUGAAACUGACUUCCUUGGGUUUCAUAAUAGGAGUCAGCGUGGUGGGCAACCUCCUGAUUUCCAUUUUGCUAGUGAAAGAUAAGACCUUGCAUAGAGCACCUUACUACUUCCUGUUGGAUCUUUGCUGUUCAGAUAUCCUCAGAUCUGCAAUUUGUUUCCCAUUUGUAUUCAACUCUGUCAAAAAUGGCUCUACCUGGACUUACGGGACUCUGACUUGCAAAGUGAUUGCCUUUCUGGGGGUUUUGUCCUGUUUCCACACUGCUUUCAUGCUCUUCUGCAUCAGUGUCACCAGAUACUUAGCUAUCGCCCAUCACCGCUUCUAUACAAAGAGGCUGACCUUUUGGACGUGUCUGGCUGUGAUCUGUAUGGUGUGGACUCUGUCUGUGGCAAUGGCAUUUCCCCCGGUUUUAGACGUGGGCACUUACUCAUUCAUUAGGGAGGAAGAUCAAUGCACCUUCCAACACCGCUCCUUCAGGGCUAAUGAUUCCUUAGGAUUUAUGCUGCUUCUUGCUCUCAUCCUCCUAGCCACACAGCUUGUCUACCUCAAGCUGAUAUUUUUCGUCCACGAUCGAAGGAAAAUGAAGCCAGUCCAGUUUGUAGCAGCAGUCAGCCAGAACUGGACUUUUCACGGUCCUGGAGCCAGUGGCCAGGCAGCUGCCAAUUGGCUAGCAGGAUUUGGAAGGGGUCCCACACCACCCACCUUGCUGGGCAUCAGGCAAAAUGCAAACACCACAGGCAGAAGAAGGUUAUUGGUCUUAGAUGAGUUCAAAAUGGAGAAAAGAAUCAGCAGAAUGUUCUAUAUAAUGACUUUUCUCUUUCUAACCUUAUGGGGUCCCUACCUGGUGGCCUGUUAUUGGAGAGUUUUUGCAAGAGGGCCUGUAGUACCAGGGGGAUUUCUAACAGCUGCUGUCUGGAUGAGUUUUGCCCAAGCAGGAAUCAAUCCUUUUGUCUGCAUUUUCUCCAACAGGGAGCUGAGGCGCUGUUUCAGCACAACCCUUCUUUACUGCAGAAAAUCCAGGUUACCAAGGGAACCUUACUGUGUUAUAUGAGGGAGCAUCUAUAAAUCUUUAGCCUUGUGAAACACUAACUUUCUCUGCUGAGCAAUUGUGGCCCACAGCCAUAUCUUGAGAAGAAAUUCAAGAGUGGAAUCAGCAGUUUUAAGGAUUUGGGCAACAUUCUGCAGUCUUUGCAAUAGUUCACCUAUAAUCCUAUUUUAAAUCUCAGAGUGAUCCUGCUGACUGCCAGCGAAGGUUUGUAAUUAAGAAAGGACUGAACCACUGCCCUAAGUUUCUUUAUGUGGUCAAAAACUAGAUAAUGAAAGUAGCAGGUGCUAAGUAUCAGUGCUAAAUGCUGUGUAUGUCACUACAUAUGAAAAAACAUCAAAAAACAAUUAGCAUUGGACAUCUUAAUAAAUUAAGUUGACAUGAGGUAAAUGUGUUGAUAAAAACUAAUUUUAGAAGUUUGAAGACUUUAAAACAUUUCAUACUAUUUAUUGUUUUGCAAAGACUAAAAUAUUUGGGGACUUAAAGUACUGUAAUCCACUAAAGAUGUGCCAAUGAAUUAUUGGAAUAUCACACUUUAAAAACUGCCUUGUAAGUUCUGGGGAGCAUUCCAAAGCAGUAUAUUGGUUCCAAUUAGAGUUUACUUUUUUGUAUUAAUACAUUGCUAUUUCUAAAUACCACUUUCCUUAUCUACUAGUAAGAUUGCUAGCAUUGAACUGUAUUAUGUGGUUUUUGUUGAUUUGGUAUAACGUUUUUCCAAUUCAUUUAUAUUUUACAAAUGCUAGAUAUUGGUCUGGGAGGCAACAUUAAUGGUACCAGCCGGUCACAACUGAGCAGUUCUAAUAAUGCAGAAUAAACACAUGUUGCCUUAAAGGGUUAUCUAGUAUCCUUCACCUUAUUUAGCAUUGGAGCAAAUAGUCAAGGGAAAUCGAAUCAGUAACCGGUCACAGUCAUGCAUCUGAAAGUGCAUGGAAGAUCAUUUAGUACUUUUUCCUUUUUUCUCACAUGGUUUGAAAAUUAAAGUGCACAUCACUGAAAUAAUGAAAUUUCCUUUUGAGGUGUGCUACCCAUUCUAGAGUGUUCUAAGAAGCAGGCAGUUGAUGUAUGUUUAUAUUUUAAGUCAGCUGUCAAGGGGAGACCACAGCCUUAGUAUGACAUCCUGCACAAUUUGUGAAGCAUUUAUUCUACUGAAGGCACAGUCUUGUUUAUACUUUCUGCACAUUCAGUGUAUUGGUCGUUUAAAUUAUUUCAGUUUUAACUUGUGAAAGCUUAUAAUAUGAUUUCUGGUAUUUUAGAAAUACAUUAGAGUCUGUGAGUCUCAUUCUUUAAGAUACAGAUGUGUGAACUUCAAUAUAAAGUUGCAUUUGCCAAAAUUUACCCGUGUAGCCUGUUAAUUUUCAUAAAAUAAGUUUUAUAUUUUUGGCACAUAACGAUUUCUUUUUUAAUCUGGGAGGCAAGCACAACCUAGGAAGACUAGCUUUAUUAUGGUUUUUUUUAUUUUUUAUUUUUGUAGCUAGUAUAUUCCAGACUGGAAAUGUAUGAAUGAUAAUCAACAUAAAGCUGAUAAACUGAUAUGAUAUUAUCUGUAAAAGCAUUAUUUGGCAGUUUAUUAUCAUCAUCCCUCUAUUGUUCUUACAUGCCAGUAGUAUUUAAAAAUGUGUACCUGUUUAGUUAAUUGGCUAAGAAUUUUAGUAUAAAUAUCACACUUUAAUUUGGAGCAAAGUACUAUAGAAAUUUGGGGUUCUAAGUAUACAACUUGUAAGAAGAAUGGUAUACACUAGUAUUAUGACAAAACUAGAAAAAGUUAUUAUUUUGUUUGCUUUGUGUUGUUUUGUUUGUUGGUUUUUGUGAAGUUUGGAUUUUUUUUGUUAUUUGAUAAUUAAGAUUAGGAAUCUAAUAGAACAGAAUUUCCUAUUGCUAUAGUACUUCUGUAAAGAGAACAUCAAUAUAAAUAAGGAAAAAUAAAUCAAUGAAAUGUUUCAAUGAUAUAUGCAACUAUUCAGUUUUGCUCAUAUAAGGAAAGUUCAAGCCAUGAUUUAGUGAGCAUUAUGACCUCAUUUUUACUUUACACCAAAGUUGAUUGGAUCUGAGACAACGUUUAAUGCACAACAGUGAGUUGGAUCUAGCAAUAAAGUCUUCUUGGUACUGAAAUCAUUAUCUAAAAUAAAGAAAAUGUUAUCAAAAGAUUUUCUGAUAACAUUGUGAUUGCAAUUUAAAAAAAUUUACAGUAGAAACAUAAUUGCAAUGAUGAUGAUUAUGGCGAACUUUGCUUAGAGGUUCAAAUAUCACCAGCAAUCAGUAGAAAAUUCAGCAAUAAUCUUAAGGCCAGAGAGGACAGGUUUCACCAUUGCAUAGACAAGAAAACAGGUAUGGGUUAAGCGUGGGGGAUUGAGGAGUCAAGAGCAAGAGCCAAGUGAAGCUGCCUGACUCCACCUAGCUAUUUGGAAUAACCGAUUCCCACGGUUUUGGUAAGUGACCAGCCCCAGUGAUCAAGUGAGUCAGGUCAAACUGCAGUGACUUUUAUUUAAUCCUACUCCUGACUAACUUGGCAUUUGCAGGUCAAGCAGGAAGCAGUGGACAAGACACAUCCUCAGUGAAUCAAUGUCAUUUGUUACUAAGUUGGUAACAGUCAUAAUCAUACAAAAUAAAAGGCUGCUUCAGUGUCUUAAUGACCAAACCACAUGAUCUCUUUUAGUACUCAUUCCAAAAUUCAGUAUUUAAUGUAUUUAAUCUUCAACCCAUAAAAAUAUAUUUCCACUGCAGCAGGUCAGGGGGUGUCCAACUUCCCUGUGAGCCGGAUUAUCAAUAAUAAUGUGAUCCUCUUGGACUGAGCACACAUCUGAGCUGAACAGUCUUUAAAUUGUUUUUCAUAAUAGUGGAGAUAUGUUUGUAUGGAUAUGUCUGUACUAUUUCAUCUGGUUAGUUUUGUACAUAACAGAUUUGUUUGUGGGAUGCCUGGCUGAAGCUAGGCAUUCAGUAUGUGACUGUGGAAUCCUAUGCAGAUAUUAAUAAAGGCAGAAAGAGGUGAGUAAUUUGCCCAGUUCUCCACAGAGACCCCAUUUAAAUAACACAAAAUUAACCAUAGUGAUUAAAUGAAAACUUAUUUGUAGACAGGAUAACCUAUUGACUGAAUUAUCUUUUGCAGAUAUCAGCUGGAUAGAUUUCAACACCAGCAUUGACUAUAGAAGUUAACUGAUUUAUGAUUGUUAACACAUGAAUAUGGCCACUUAUCCAUUUGCCUCAACUUC